AUGAGGGGACAAGGAUAUGAUGCAGCUAGCAACAUGCGGGGUCAAUUUAAUGGAUUACAAGCUUUGUUUCAAAAAGAAUUGAAUUUUGUUGAUUCUUCUGCAAAACGCCAUUCAGCGUUAAGAGUUAUUGCACAAGCCAAUAUUGCAGAUUUAGUGGCUGCAGGUACACUUGAGACUAGUAGAGGGGCUAAUCAGACUACUACUUUGCAACGGGCAGGGCUACUCGUUGGGGUUCACAUAUUCGCUCUAUUUCAAAUCACUGAUUUUCUUUGUCAAUCUUUACAAAAGAAAGCAAUAGACAUCUUAAAUGCUCUAAGUUUUCUUGAUAUUGCAAAAGAGAAACUUCAAGCUCUAAGAGAUAAUGGCUGGGGUGAUUUGAUUGUGAGGGUAGAGUCAUUUGUUGUGAACAUGUUGAGAGAGCUUGAUAGUAGAUUUACAGAUCAAUCCUUGGAACUUCUUGUUCUUAGUGGUACACUUGAUCUGCGAGAUAAUUUCCAGGCAUUCAACCCUGAAAAUGUUCACAAUCUUGCUUCCAAGUUUUAUCCGAUAGAUAUUUUGGCAUGUGAUAUGGUUGCCUUAGAUAUGGAGUGUGGGUACUUUCUUGCAGAUGUUCAGAGGGAUGACAGAUUUGUGCACAUAGCUUCUUUAUCUGAUUUGUGUCGACGAAACAAGAUGGAAGAUGACUUUCUUGAUGAUUUGAUGGUUCUUUACAUUGAAAAAGAGCUUGCUGAUAGUAUUGAAAGUGAUUAUGUAAUUUAG